UAUGUCAUACAAAUAUAUUUAUGUCUACCCUCACUGUAGGUAAAUGUUGUAAAAAAAAAAAAAAACAACAACAACUCUUCAUUGCAGGCGGGGGAGCCAGUCAACCACUGCUUGAAAUUGAGGAAUAAUGAAGGCAGUUAAGCCAACCAAUACCUAGUGUUGUUUUUAAACUUGAAUAAAUCCUUUAUAACUCAGUAUGCAGGCCUAUGUCCACACACCAAAGAUCCAGUUCAAGUGAUACAAUUAGAAUAAAUAUUAAGAUUAAGGACUAAUAAACUAACCGUAAACUCCUGCAUUACUACAGUUUUGGUCAUUUUUCAUAGUGAACAAGAGGCUAUUAAUAGAAAGUUACGUCACAGCUCAGUGCAGCAGCAGAACAUCAUAAUCACAGUUUAGCAGAGAUCUGCAGGUCCCUCCUUCUCCCACAUGGACGGGGGACCACGCAGCACCACGUGACCCGGGAGCACUGGACUGAACGAGCCCCUCACACCGCAUCAUGGCUGUAGAGGAUGAGGCCGCGCGGUCCCGAACCGGAGCCCUGUUCUCCCGCGGGGCUCCUCUCUCUCCGUCCCGGCUGCUGCUGCUCUCCUUCUCCGUCAUCUCCCUUCUCCCCGCCCCGGCGCUGGGUUUGCUCGGUUUUCGGCCGGAGGAGACCGGGGCGGAGCUGUCCGUGCAGGAUGGGGUGCUGAAAACCACCGAGGGAACCCGCUUCAUGCUGCGGGUUUACUACUCCACCUCCCCGCAGAGGCUCAACCGAACUGCGGGAACUCGAGCCAACAAUGCCGCGCCCUGGAUCGCCUUCAUCGAGGAACCAACUCCCGGGAGAGAGGGGCAAGUUCACCCGAAGAGGAACAUGUGUAUGGACAAGAACGCCAGGACGUCCGACAUCGAGGUUUUGGGAUCUUUUAAGUCCGCUUCCAGUCAGAACUCGGUGCUGGUAGAGCUGCUGGCCAAAGAUCUGCGGAGAGGGGAGAAGAUCAAGUACUACUCAAUGUGCGCCUUCGACGGAUCCAAAUGGGAGCACUACCGGACCAGGGACUUCUGGUUGGCCGUGUCGGAGCGCUCUGCGGUCCCGGAGCUCUGGCUGCAGGUGCUGGUGUCCGUCCUGCUGCUCGGGCUGUCAGCGUUGUUCAGCGGACUAAACCUGAGUCUACUGGCACUGGACCCGGUGGAGCUGCAAGUCCUGCAGAACAGCGGCACCGACAAGGAGCAGAACUAUGCGCGGAAGAUCGAGUCAGUGCGUCGGCAUGGCAACUACGUCCUGUGCACUCUGCUGCUCGGCACCGCGAUCAUCAACGCGUCUCUGGCCGUGUGGAUGUGUCAGAUCCUAGGGAUGACCUGGCUGUCCACGGUCAUCUGCGCCUUCGGGAUCUUUUUCAUCGGGGAGAUCCUUCCGCAUUCGGUGGCGUCGCGUCACGGACUCGCCAUCGCCUCCAAAACCAUCUGGGUAACGCGGCUGCUCAUGGUGCUCUCUUUCCCCAUCUCCUACCCCAUCAGCAAACUGCUGGACCUCAUUCUUAACCAGGAGAUCUCUAACUUCUAUACCCGGGAGAAGCUAUUGGAGAUGCUGCGCGUCUCAGAUCCAUACCACGACCUGGUCAAAGAGGAGCUCAACAUAAUCCAGGGCGCGCUGGAGCUGCGCUCCAAGACCGUGGAAGACGUCCUGACCCCGCUGACUGACUGCUUCAUGCUGGCCUCGGACGUCGUGCUGGACUUUAACACCAUGUCUGACAUCAUGCAGAGCGGAUACACGAGGAUCCCCGUGUUUGAGAACGAGAGGUCCAACAUAGUGGACAUCCUGUUCGUGAAGGACCUGGCCUUCGUGGACCCGGACGACUGCACCCCUCUUAAGACCAUCACCCAGUUCUACAAACACCCGCUGCACUGCGUGUUUAAUGACACCAAACUGGACGCCAUGCUGGAGGAGUUCAAGAAAGGAAAGUCUCACCUGGCCAUUGUGCAGCGAGUGAACAACGAGGGCGAGGGCGACCCUUUCUACGAGGUAAUGGGCAUCGUCACGCUGGAGGACGUCAUAGAGGAAAUCAUCAAGUCAGAGAUUCUGGAUGAGACGGACCUCUACACUGAUAAUCGCACAAAGCGCCGCGUUUCUCACCACGAGAGGAAGCAGCAGGACUUCUCCAUCUUUAAACUGUCUGAGAAUGAGAUGAAGGUGAAGAUCUCUCCUCAGCUUCUCCUGGCAACUCAUCGCUUCCUCUCCACAGAGGUGGAGCCCUUCAAACCAGCUCACAUCUCAGAGAAGAUCCUGUUGAGACUCAUCAAACACCCCAGUGUGGUCCAAGAACUCAAGUUUGACGAGAAAAACAAGCGAGCGCAGCAGCACUUCCUGUUCCAGCGCAACAAACCAGUGGACUACUUCAUCCUGGUGCUGCAGGGAAGAGUUGAGGUGGAGUUUGGAAAAGAGGCUCUGAAGUUUGAGAACGGAGCUUUUUCCUACUUUGGAGUACCUGCCAUUAUGCCAGCAGUCCACAGAUCCCCGUCACGCAGCAGUGGUCUGGACCGCUCUGAGUCCAUGUUGUACGGAGGAAGCAUGGGGCAGCUGAACGGAGGGGGGAACGUAUACCUGCCCGACUAUUCUGUCAGACAGCUCACACCCCUACAGAUCAUCAAGAUAACACGGAGUCACUACCAGAACGCUGUAACAGCCACACGGAUGGACAGCUCUCCUCAGACGCCCGACGCUGACGCCCUUCUGACAGAAAGUAACACCCUGACCCCAGAGCCCCCAACUACAGAGCACUCAGCCACCCUAAUGCCCCCGCAGCACACCACCACCACCACCACCCUCAUGCCACCACCCAGAGAGCUCGGCCGGCCCACAUCAGCCCGGACCAGAGGACAGCAGUCCAGCGUCCCUCACAGCACCUCGCUGCUGAAUGAGAAGAACCGCAUCGUCCGAAGUAAGUCUGACGGCCAGAAGAGUCCGAGUGAUUCAGUGUUUCUCAGGAUGGACGAGAUCCCCUACAUCAGGGAGGACAGAGCAGAAGCUGAGCCACACUCUGGUACGAUGUCUAACAAGUAUUCUGACAGGUUGAAAGACUUUUUGUCUUCUGUAUGAUAUUUUAGACAUUCAUAGACUCUACUAUUGAUGUACCUAUGUCAUAAGAAGAGGAAAAAAUCUCGCGAAGGAGAGAAAACUCCUGAGGAUACUUCAGAGCAGCCGCUGGUGAAAACCUAGCAGAAUGUGUGUGUGUUUCAUACACACAACUCUUCAUUUUCUGUUUCUAUUGACAAUGUGGAUGCUGAACUAUUAGAUUUGUAUCUAAAACAACACACUCCACACGCCCCUGCAGUAGGAGAUCGUAAAGUGGACCCAGCACGAGGAAUGUACUCGACAUUUGACGGAAUGAACCAUUUUAUACAGGUACGGGGAGGUGUAGCUUUUGGCAAUAUUUUCCUUAAAACAGUAGCUUCUCAUCUUCACGGGUUUUUCUUGCUGAUACUUGUAUAUUAAAGAAUGACUGUGAAUGUAAUAGAUUUCUAGAAAAAGAUUUUGUUUUAUACACAAUAUGCCCACCUGGUGAUGAUUCUCCAAUGGAGCUAAAGGGAAUAACGGCACACAGGAAACGGAUUGAAGGCACCAAAGACGUUGCUGUUUUGUACAUACUGCUCCAAUUGCACAGAGAGUAUCCUGAACGAAGGGAAGAGAAAUGGCUGCUUUGAAUUCAGUUAUGUUUUGAAA